AUGCCGAGCGGUAUCAGCAAGCGCCAGCAGCAGCGCAAUGAGAAGGCUCUGGCUGAGCUGAUCCGGACUAUCCCUGGAAAUGACCGGUGCGCCGAUUGCGAUGCUUUGACCCCAGGAUGGGCAAGCUGGAAUAUGGGCAUCUUCCUUUGCAUGCGGUGCGCCACAAUCCACCGCAAGCUGGGCACACACAUUUCCAAGGUCAAGUCAUUGAGUAUGGACACUUGGACGGCGGAGCAGGUCGAUAGUAUGAAAUCGCACGGCAACCUCCUGAUGAACAAGAUUUAUAAUCCCAAAAAUAUCAAGCCGCCUGUCCCGACCGAUGUCGAUGAGGCCGAUUCGUGCAUGGAACGCUUUAUUCGGCAAAAAUACCAGUACCGCUCGUUGGAGGAUGGAAAACCCAAACCCCCGAGCCGGGAGGACGAGAGCUAUACCAGGAACCGGGAAGACUCAAGACGCCAACGUGAACGUGAACGCGAACGCGAACGCGAUAUAUCCCCCGAGGGCUCGCCUCCUCCACUUCCGCCCAAGUCCGGCAAAUUCUUCGGAUUCGGUCUACGGUCAUCGUCUUCAACCUCGAACCUUCGUCGAUUCGGGACCAAGUCCAAGGCCUCGCCGACUUCCGACCAGCGGUCGUGGUCUCCGCCACCCCCGAGGAAGGCCAGCGGCCUCGGUGCUCCAGUCGCCGAUGUGACAACAGACUCAUUCGAGGCGAAGAUGGCUGCGCUGCGGGAGAUGGGCUUUAACAAUGACCGGCGGAACGAAAUGGUCCUUCGCGGACUCAAUGAGAAUUUGGACAAGUCUAUCGAGACGUUGGUCCGACUCGGUGAAGGUAAUGGUGCUUCAUCGAGGGCCAGAACGCCGGUGCCAGUGACCACUACAGCACCUGCGCCGCAUGCGACAACACCGAACCCACCGAAGCAGGAGACAACCGCCAGUUUGAACCCCUUCGAUAGGGUUGUGUCAAAUCCAGUCCCUCAACAGCCGCUGGGUGCAUCCUAUAACCCGUUCGACCGGCCAACACCUACGACGCCAGCAUCGGCCCAGCUUUUGGAGUCGUCGUUCCAGAACCUCCAGGUUUCCCAACCGUUGUUCCCACACUCGACUGGUGGAUAUCCCGCCCAAACAGGCUUGAUGCCCCAGACCACUUAUCAGCAGCCAUAUACCCCGCCGGUCACGGCCACAUUCACUCAAAACACUUAUGUCUCCUCGCCGCAGGCCCUGGACAACAGCCACAACCCCUUCUUCCAAACAGCACCACAGCAGAACGGCCUGGGCAGUCAGUCCUAUCCCAACCCUGGCGCACAGCAGAACAACCCGUUCUUCAACAAUGCGGCACAGCCUCAACAGCAACAGCAGCAGACGGUGCCUCAAAUCUCCAUGCCUCACCCACCUCAGCAUGCAAACACCAUGCCUUCGGUCUCUUCAAGCUCGCCAUUUGGCAAUUCUCCGUUCGGUUCGUCGCCUUUCCAAUCACAGCCUCCGCAGCCGCCGCCGCAGCCAAAUGGCAUGAGCCAAGGGUCUUAUAAUCCGUUCCAGCAUGCAAUGGGACAGGCUUCUCAAAAUGCUGGUGGCUAUCCCAAUCAGUUCCAGCCGCCGCAACAGCAACAACAAUUCCAGCCGCAACAGCAGCAAUUCCAGCAACAGCAGCAUUUCCAACCUCAACAACCGCAGCAACUAGCCACUCAACCCACUGGCCGAAUGGAUAAAAGUAGCAUUCUUUCAUUGUACAAUCUUGCUCCGUCUCAACCCUCCUCAAUCCCUCCAAUCCCCGAACAGUCUCAGUUCCAGCCAGGCGCCGGAACGAGCCCUAUUCCACCCCUGACGAACUCUCUCAAUUCAACACCCCAGACUCAACCAGGUUCAAACAUCACCACGCCCCAACCAAGCAACGGCAUGACCUUCAUGGCAUCUCGAAAUCCCUUCGGAGCUGCAACCAUCGGUUCAGGCCUAGCAGCUCAAGCCGGCAUCGGCUACCAACAAUCCCCAGGCCUGGGAAUCGGAAUGGGCGCCAACGGCACCCAACCCUCAGCCCAGGGCAUGGGCAUGGGCAUGGGAAUGAAACCCUCCACCCAGACUGGUCCCCCGCCGUCCAACUCCGCAUUCCCAAGGAUGCAUAUGAGCCAGCCUAGCGUGGACAUCAACGGCCUUCAGACCGGUCGUCACAGUCCAGACGCCUUUGCCAGUCUGAGCGCCCGCUACGGCUGA